UUAUUUUUUUUCGUAUCGAGGCAUAAGACCUCACCAGUCAGCGCUAGUCUUCUCCACUUUCCCCAACCUUCCGAGUUCCCACAAUCCCACUGCCGUUCCAUCACUCCCCUUCUUGGCCAGAGCCGUGAGUCCCCAGCUUCUCUUUUGCUGGAUCGGUCGAAGAUGGCGUUUAAGCAGGUGUUCUACGCCCUGCAAGAGGUUUUCCCGCAGAUUGAUCUUCGAAUUUUGAAAGCUGUAGCUAGUGAAUAUUCCUCUGAUGUUGAUGCUGCUGUCGAAUUUGUUCUUUCUGAUGUCCUUCCAGCAGUAAGCGAACCUACAGAAGCACAUUACACUCUCCAACAUAUUGACUAUGCCAGAAAUGAUCAUACGAACUCUUGGAGCAGUGGCACUUUCCAUGGAAGGACUGUAUAUCCAGGAUAUAGUGGACCAAUACGCACUUACAACAAUUUGGAAGAAUAUUCCCUUAUUAAGGAUAAGGUGGUGAUAAAUGAAACAAUAACUACACCAACAGUAGAUUAUGGUCAAGUUGAAGCGUCCUCAACCUCUGCACCUAAGCCACCUAUAACAGAUUAUGAACAAUCAGCUUCAAUAACAUUUGUUAAUCAAUGUGCAAUAGAAAAAGGAAAAACGACUCCACCUGCUGAAAAUGUUGGUAAUCAGAAGCAUUUCAAUGUUAAUUGCAACCUACCAGAUUUCUUUGCCUCUUCUGGGAGUAUGUUGCCAUUGUAUACGGAGAGUCCUUCAGAUUGUGCAGUGAAAUAUAAAGGGCAUAUUCAUUUAAAGCUUCCCAGAGCUGAAAGUACAGAAGAUCCGGAAUCACAAGAUAAGUAUUACUUAGAAAACUUAUUUGCUAGCUUCUAUCCAACCAAGGAUGAACAUGCAUCAGUGAAUUCCCUGGGGGCUUUGAUUGUGCAUACGCUCUGUGCGUCAGAUGAUAAUUAUGAUUUGCAAGCUUUAUUUGAAAAGGAAAUGCCUCUUAAGCUUUGUGAAGCUGAAACCGUCUCCCAUCUCUCCAAGUCAAAAGACAAUUGUAACUUGGGCACUUUAUUUGUUGGAUUUUGCUCAAAUAAAGACAGAGAGACAUCAGAUGGUAUGACAAAUGUUCCAAUAUUCCAGACACUCCCUGAAUCAGAAGAUAAUUAUGAUAUGCAGGUGUUAUCUGAAAAGGGAAAGUCGUUGAAAGUUUCAGCAACUCAAAGGAUACAUGAUAUCUCCAGGCCACAAGAUAACUAUGGAUUUCAAGUUUUGUUUGAAAAUAUUGAUAUUGCUGGAAAAGAAUUGGACAAACUCCAUACUGCAGAAAGUACUCCUGUACUCCUCAAGUCAGAAGAUAACAUGUACAAAGAAUCAUGUGCAUCUGACAGAAGUGCAGAAGUACCCAGAUUUCUCAUGAAGGAUGAAAAUAAGAAGUCAUCUUACAAGAUAGAUGAUAAAUGCACUUUGCAUGACUUAUUUGUCUCAUCAGAACUUGUUCAUAAUUCAUCACAGAUCUUUGAAGGAAAGGAUGAUUCAUGUGCAAUUGGUUGUGAGGAGCAACCAUCAACCGAUUUCUCGAACCCUGUAUCUUUAAUUAGCAUUUGCAAUUUCAAUGAUGAUUUUAACUUUCCAGAAUUGUUCUCUUCUCCGAAUAUUUUUCCGUCUAAUUUGGACAUGCAAUGUGAAGUGAGAAAUGGAGCCGAAAAGAAAAUCAUAUGUUCAGAAAGUGUGGAUAAGUACUCUAUUUUCCCACUAAUGGUGCAUGAUACAUUUCCGCAAAAUGAAAUAAUGCUAAUGCCUGGUCCCGAUAAAUAUGAGGAAUUUCCGGAUAUCAAUGCUCACUCUUAUCAGAUUGCUGGAAUAAACAAGUUAGUUUCUGACAUUACUGAUAGUAAGAUGAAGGACGUGGAACUUCAGGAGGGAAGUUCAAGAAAAGCAAAACAAGAUGUUGUCAAGGCGCAUCAAUAUUUUGCUGCCGUUGUAGAAUACUUUAAUCAUCUCAUUGAGAAUGCAAAAGAAUCAAAUGAUAAGGAAGCUCAAAUAGUACGGGAAGAAAAAUCUUUGCUGGCAGCUUUAGCUCAGGAUCUUCACGCUCGGCUUGCCAAAUUGUCUACUGAGAGAGAUGAAGCGUUUACAAUUGUUGAGGAGUGUUGCUUUAUUAUCAUAUUCAACACGACCCUGCAUAUCAAACUCGAACUGGAUGCACGACUAGCAACUUUGAUUGAAGAAGAGGCUGCAGCAAGGGAGCAGAUUAGUCAGGACGAGAAGUUAGAUCUAUUGGUGCGUAAAGAGAAGGAAGUUGAACUGGGGGGCAUCAUGGAGUCAAGUAAGCUCCAAAAGGAAGCUGAAAAAAAAACCUUUUGUUUAGAGAUUUUUUGUUGGACUGCGGGCGCACCAUUGACAUCUUGCAAGGAGAAAUAUCGAGCAUCCAUGAAAAAGUUAUUGCACUGAAAGAGAGGACCCAGAAGAGCAGGCUUCAACCAGCCCUGGUCUCCACUAGCUCAG